AUGAAAAGGCACCUUUAGAUAUAAACACACAGGUUGUAACAGCUCUACGCUUUAUGGCAUCUGGCAGUUACCAGACAAACAUAGGAUAUAACAUUAAUUCAGCUGUUAGCCAACCAUCUGUGAGCAGAUGCAUUAAAAAUGUGACGAAAGCUUUGAAUCAACCAGAAGUAUUAAAUAGAUGGGUUAAAUGCCCUUCAACUUUAGAAGAAGUUAAACGUAUAAGAGAUGGGUUUUGGGAGAAAUAUCAAUUCCCAGGAAUUAUUGGAUGCAUUGAUUGUACCCAUGUAGCAAUCGUUGCACCUCCUACACAUCAUCCACUAUUUCCUGAAUAUAUAUAUGUAAACAGGAAAGGUUACCAUUCCAUUAAUGUACAACUGAUAUGUGACAGUGAUAUGAAAAUCAUUCAUGUAAAUGCAAAAUAUCCAGGAAGUACUCACGAUAGCUAUAUUUGGAAUAAUUGCAACUUUUUACCAAUUUUGAGACAAUUACACAAUCGGAGACAUACUUUUUAUCUUUUGGGUGAUUCUGGAUAUGCCUUAAGACCCUGGUUAUUGACACCUGUCAUGAAUGCUGAACCAAACUCUUCUGAAGAUCACUAUAAAGGUGGAAGCACAUAAAAUUGCAGGAGCCAUGAGCAGAAAGCAGAAGCCAUAUGCGCAUGCGC